GCGCGGUUGUCACACCGACGUUACAUUACCUCGACAGGGAAAUGCUCGCAAAAUUAAAACAAAUAAACUAGUUAUUGAUUUACUUGUGUCGUCAGUGUUAGUAGGAGUAAAGGGGAAAUUUGCGAAACCCUAAAACGUUUAUGUUUCAUCAUGUUUCACUAAGAACUUAGCGCAUAGAGCCUUAAGAAACUGCUGCUGCGACCUUUUUUUUUUAGCAUUGAGUGAGCGUUGUGUAGCCGAUCUCUCAUUUUUUAAAUAUUUACCUUUUUUUAAUCAAACUUCCUGUACCCACUAAUAGGAAUAAAGCUACAUUUGAUCUCCGUAGACAUUUGAGGCCCUGAACAUGGAGAGCUCUGCAGGAGAGAUGGCCGAGUCUAAGCCAGUUCCUCAAUCACAGCAGGUGUGUCGCUUCUUCUCCCAAGGACGACACUGCAAUUUUGGGAAGAAAUGCAAAUUCCUUCACAUAAGUGAUAACACCAGAGCUUCUACUAAAAACGUGGGUGAAGGGCCUCUAGACUCCAGAGGGGUAGGAGAACAUGAGGGCAGUCAGCUGUCGAGCAGCUCCAGGGCGUCUGUCUCCGCCGGCCGCCGGCCUUGUCGUUACUUUCUGUCAGGUCACUGUGCUAUGGAGGAACGAUGUCGCUUCUGGCAUCCGCUCCAGUUCCCUCCAGAGGAUGUCACGCUGGUUCCCGGCAACCCCACCAAAGCCGCCCCGAGGUGCCCUCCAGCGACUUACCCCAGUGGUCCCCAGGAGGUGAAACUGUGUGACGUGACGGAGGAGAGGGCCAACCAGCUGCGAGACACGGAGAUCAAGCAGCUGCAGAAGCGGUUUCCUAAAGAGCAGCUGAUUAUUCAGGAACGAAGUGAUGGCAAAGUGACGUAUUACAGGAUGACUGUUGAGGCCACUGAUCCAGACUGGCCUUUUGAUCUGAAAGAACUCGACAUUAUGGUGAGAUUCCCGGAUAACUACCCCCUUGAGAUUUUCAGCCUGGAAAUACCUUUGGACCAGGAACUACCACCAGUAAUGGCAAAACAUGUUCAGGACGCAUCCAUAGAGUGGCUUCAAGCGAAGCAUGCGACCAAUCAGCUGCUGGGAAAAGUCGAGCUGCUUUUCCGGCCUUUUCUCCGCUGGCUGGAUCGCAGCUUGGAAAGACUGUUCACCGAAGGCGCCAGGGAAUUAAAAAAGGAUGUGGAUUUACAAAAAGCUGGACUACAGUUCAUACCCUAUCAGGAGCUCCAGCAGUCAUGUGAAAAAUCCGGCCAAGGAACCGAUUCUGCCGCCGCACAUUGCGAUGAAGAGGUGUGCAAUGCAGGAGAUGGAGAACUGAUAACUCAAGAGCAGUCAUCGCAGCAGGAAGGUCAGUGUUUUGAGGACGAUCAGCAGCAGGAGGAGGAGGCCAGUCGUUUGGUGGAGAACAUUAAGAUCAGCGACCCUCGCAGAGGAACAGAGGUGAAGCUUCUGGGACUCAGCCUGGGAGAGAACACUGCCACUGUAGCAGCUCAGCAGAUAACUGUUAGCCUGCAGUGUAAUCGGUGUAAGGUGACUGCAGAGCUGGCGCUCACUGGAAGGACAUCAUGUGCAGCUCAGUGCGAAAAGUGCAAUGCAAGCAUAAAUGCUGCGUUCAGGCCCUGCAUGCUCCACCAUUACUGUAAUGUCCUGGGCUAUCUGGACCUCCACAACACUACCCCUGCUGACCUCAUACUUAAGGACUGCAGGCUCAUAGUGGGAUGCCUCGCCUGCUCUCAAGAGAUGCCCGUGGAGAAUCUUAUCUAUGGACAAACAAGGGAGCUUAACUGUGAACAUUGUCACAGCAAGCUCAGCAUUCUGGCUGAAAGCGCAAGAUUUCAGUACAUUCAGCCUCGCACCUCUAACAAAGCAGGUUCCACUACUGUUAAUUUCAAGAAUAUUAGAGAUCCAGCUGUAGAAAAGGGGAAGCCACUCCCAGACAAAGGAACAUGCAAACAUUACAAACAGAGCCAUCGCUGGCUGAGGUUUCCUUGUUGCGGCCGGGCAUACCCUUGCGAUGUGUGCCACGAUGAGAAUCAAGACCACCCCAUGGAGCUCGCCACGAGGAUGCUCUGUGGCUUCUGUGCCAAAGAACAGCCAUACUGCAACGGAAAGCCAUGUGUCACCUGUGGGAGCAUGAUGACCAGAGGCACACGCACCAAUCACUGGGAGGGAGGACUAGGAUGCAGAAACAAAUCAAAAAUGAGCAGAAAUGAUCCAAAAAAAUAUGCCAACACCAACAAAACGGUUUCAAAGAAGGCAUCCAGCGAGAAGAAGUAACUGUUAAAGAAGAAAUCUGCUGGGUUUUAUUUAGUCAACAAUAAUUCCAGAAUUGUAAAUAGUUUUAAUUUACAGAUUUUCACAUUUAGAUCAUCCUCCAAUCAUCUAUUGGGUAGAUCCCUGGUGCCUUUGAAAUGAGACUGAAUACAUGACUGAGAAAUGAAUUUAAAAAUAAAGCAUCUUCUCUUGAUCA